AUGGAACCUAAAUUCUAUAAAGCUGCUGUGGCUGGUGGAAUUGAUGUGUUUAAGGGAAAGUCGUCUGAUCAAAUUGAGUCCAUGCUAACUCCAAAUAAAAACACAAUCCUUCAUAUUCACUUGACAUGUUAUAAGGCCAACCUUAAGGAUGAAACUAUCCUUCAUAUAGCAGCCAGGUAUGGCCAUAUUGAAAUUGUGAAAAUAAUUGUUAAACGUGCUAAAAUUGCCCAUAUUGGAGAUGGAAUUGAGGAAACACUUAUAAGGGCUACAAAUUAUAAGAAGGACACAGCCCUACAUGAAGCAAUACGUUAUAAUCACAAAGAAAUAGUUGAUUUCUUGAUAAAGGAAGACCCACAUCUUCCAUAUUUUGCUAAUAGUAAUGGGGAGACUCCGCUUUAUAUUGCUACUGAGAGAGUCUAUGAGAAAAUAAUUGAUACACUAUUAGAGAAUAACAAUUCACCGAAUCAUAGCGGCCCCAACGGCAGAACAGCAUUACAUGCGGCUAUCAUUCAUCAUGAGAAGAUAACAAAAGGGACAUUGGAGAAGCUGAUAUUGAAAAUACCAUCAAUGGUGAAUGAAGCAGAUGACGAUGGUUGGAGUCCACUUCACUUGGCAGUAAUAUUUGAAAGUCCUGAAUUGAUAGAGAUGUUAUUAAAGCAUGGUGGCACAGCAUACAUGAGAGACAAAAAGGGAAGGACGGCUCUUCACCUUGCUGCAUAUUAUGGAAAUGGUAGCCUUGUGAGAAAGAUAAUAGAAUCUUGUCCAGAUUGUUCGGAGUUGGUGGAUCACAAGGGUUGCAAUGCUCUUCAUUAUACUAUUGCGGGGCUUAAGAAAUAUACUACUAAUGAACAAGGUCUUUGUGAGGAAGCAUCAAGAGUGAUUUUGAAAGAGGAGCAUCUAAGCAACAUGUACAAUGAGAAAGAUGAAGAAGGCAACACACCCCUUCACCACCUUGCUCUUUAUGCUCCCAAAUGGCAAGAGGAUCACUCUCAUCCCCUUCUGGAACCAAACCCAAGAGUGGACACGAUGGCAUUCAAUAAAAACAACCAAACCGCUCUUGAUCUUGCUUGUGAUAUUGUGCCUUCAACUUUACAACGCGAGAAUUUUUUCUUGCGGAAACUUCAACACAAAAUUAGAGCAAGCUAUGGUAGGAGAGUUAUAAAUGAGGAAGUUAAAGUGAGGAAACAACAGAAGAGACGUGAUUUAGAGGUACUUAAGAACAAGGAACUAGUGGAGGUGAAAACAGGGAACAAGGAACGAGAGAAGUACGAUGAUGAAAAAAAAGAAAUCAAGGACAAAAUGAGAGAAACCUUGCUUAUAGUAGCCACACUGAUAGCAACAGUAACAUUUGCAGUAGGAUUUACGCUGCCUGGAGGUACCAUAGAAGACGGUGAAAAUAAUAAGAGCUCUCCUAUAUUGAUACACAGUGAUGCUUUCCAGACGUUUGUGAUAGCAAACUCUCUCUCCUUUGUUCUCUCUGCUUUUGCUGUCUUUCUCCAAAUUUUCUUGCCAGUUAUGGUGACAAGAAAAAACAUUAACCCUGACAUUCAAUAUGCUUUUUUCUCGGCAGCCUUAAUGCUGACACUAUUGGGAAUGGGAUUCAUGAUAAUUGCAUUUGGAACAGGCACAUACGCCAUCUUGGGUCCUUCCACAGUUCUUGCAGUUGUCACUCUUGUUAUUGCAUUUUCUUUCUUCAUGACCUUUCCUUUUGUCUUUUAUCUACUUCUCAAGGAUGUCAUGACGCGCCGGCGGCAGCAGGGUGAUGAAGAAAAACUUAAAGUUGAAUCUUUGCAAGAGUUUGAUCCUGGAUUUGUUGACCAUAAAUUAGAAGACAUGCAAUUGUUGGAUAGCAUAUGA